AUGGAAGGCCGCCAGGAGCCAAAGUCUCAAAGCGAAGAACCGGACUAUACCAGAAUGAUUCUCGAUGAUUUUACUACCGGCAUUCAAACUCAGGUUGCUAGAUUUGACUCUCAAUCUCAGCAGAAGCAAAAGCAACCCGCUCAUUUCAAUGACGCGGCUACCCCAGCGAAACUUGACUAUACUAGAGUGGUUAUCGAUGAACGCACCCCACGCAUUCUAUCAACAUCCGCCGGCUGUGACUCACGAUUGCCCAAGCAGAAAAAGCAGCUUGAUUACCCUGGCACACCGGCCUCCAAUUCGGUAGGAAAAUUCUCUCCUGACCAUGACUUGGGCAAUCAACUUCGGAGCCUGCUUAGACACCAGUCUGAACCAAAAUCAAAGCACCAGGAUAUCUCUCACAUCCUUACUCACUCAUAUGGUUAUCCUUCCGACAUCUCCGUCGGAUGUGGUGGCGGAUCCCGUGAUUCUCUAGCCAGUAGUGUAUCUGGGGGCAGCGACCAGCAUUCCGAUGCGAGCAGUAUGGACGAAUAUGAGUACCAACAGUCCGCCAAUGGUCAAAAGCGGCCUACGGACGACAAGCGAAGAGUAGAAGCCGAGCCCAAAACCAGGUCGGUAGAUCAGUAA